AUGGUGAAAAUUAAGAUCCUGGAGUCGGCAGGACUAAACGAAAGAGAUCGCAAAAAAGUGCUCGAGAUGGUCAUGGAGGUCAGCGGUGCUCGAGAGACUGUCGAAAACGCGAUGAAGGUACUACACCAUUUAAAUUCGUUCGGACUCGGAGAGAAAGUUCUGGCAGUAAGCGAGCAGGUCGGGGAAAGUUUCGAACGGUUGCGCCUUUCAAUGUCAGGGAGGCAGAAGGACGAAUUGAACAAGAGAGGAUACACAUUCAUGGAGCAAACACAAAUGCAAAAACUUCACGAGGAGCAAAAUUUACAUGAACCUGAAAUCAAAUCGAUGGUUUCGGAAUACGGAGCGCUGAGCAAAGAGCAACGUGAAGAUGCGCUGUGGGAAGCAAUCGCAAAAAUCGCUGGCUUGGACAAACGUCGACACAAGCGGCAGUUCAAAACACUUUCCGUUUUGGCUCCAACCGUUCUCAGCCCAUAUCAGUUCGCUCCAGUGUACGGAUUAGCGUCCUAG